AUAGUCUGUUGACAUUUUAUAAACUUCGUUAUAUAUAUUUUAGUACAAAUAAUAUUAUUUAAAGAAGUUUAAUUGAAAAUAAAAUGAGUUUAGCUCAACAAUAUUUUGAGGAUAGUCCACUUUCAGAUAGCAAAAUGGAUAUAUCUGAUUAUCCAUCAAUGGACAUAUCGUUAGAUUCGACUGGUGCAUCCCCUGAAGGUGAAGACGACGCUGUCGAACUAAGAUUGCAAAUUUAUGAAAAUCAAAAUAAUGGCACAGAAAAAGUUAAAAACACACAAAAUGAAGACGAUAUUAAAAAUAUUGUGUCAUUAAAACUGGAUAAUAGAAUUGCACGACCGGAAAUCCUCUUGCUAGACACUACGACUCAAGGGAAAAAUAUUGCCAAUCGUACGCUAGCUAAUAGUCAUCCACUAAUGUCACCUAAUGGUACAGAUUCAGAAUCUGAAAGAACACACAACCGGGUUGAAAAUGAACACAAAUGUCAUAACUUUCCAGAUGUGGUACCACGAAAUGAGCACUUACCUUUGCAAGUGCAAAGUAAUGCAUUCAAUUUUAAAAGUGUUAAUGUGCUUGCCGGAAAAGGUGCGUCGGCUCCUACGCACAAUAAAUUAGCACUUUUACGCACGCACAGUCCUGAUUUACUGAGUAGUGAAUCGGAAGCUGAUAACUCACAGUAUCACGCAUCUGUGGAAUCGAAUUUUCAAGCAGUUGCCUUAGUGCCGAAUGUAAUUAAAUCUAACUCAAGUAAAUGUGCAAUGAAUUCGACGAAAUUUGCAAAUCUGCGUAUUGGAUGCGAAGAUAUAUCAUCGUUAGACUCCAUAUCAAAUCAUAGCUUUGAUGAAAAUGAAGAUAUUGAGCAUAAUUUAGCUUCACUUAGUCCAUCUAGCUCAAUGGAUGGGUUGGACAUGGAAGAUGAUGACGAUGAUGAUGAUGAUGAUUGUGAAGGACCGGAACUUUUACCAGAUGGGGAUGACGAUGAUUUUGAUGGCGUGCAAACACCAACACCAAACAUACGCAAUGGUUCGGCUACAAAUAUGUUGCCACAAUAUACAGCAGACGAAGAACGUCGGGAUUCGCGUAAUUGGCAAAAAAUAACAUUACCUGAUGGCAGCACAAGAGAAAUAGAUAUGCGUGUUAUUGAGCCAUAUAAGCGAGUUUUAUCGCAUGGUGGUUAUCUUAAAGCAGGAGGUCAAAAUGCUAUAGUUAUUUUUUGCGCUUGCCAUUUGCCCGAUCGUUCUCGUACUGAUUAUAAUUAUGUGAUGGAUAAUUUAUUUCUCUACGUUGUUAAAACUUUAGAACAAUUAGUAACCGACGAUUACAUACUAAUAUAUCUGCAUGGAGGUUCAAAUAGACGAAAUGUUCCACCCUUCCCAUGGCUUAAAAGGUGGUAUCAAUUACUUGAUAGACGUUUACGCAAGAGUUUAAAAAAUUUGUAUUUAGUGCAUCCCACAUUCUGGAUAAAAUCCAUUGUAUGGAUGGCGCGACCUUUUGUGAGUGCAAAAUUUUGGCGAAAACUUAUUUACGUGAAAUCUUUACAAGAACUGGGCACACAUGUCGCUGUUGAAAAGGCUGCAAUACCAGAAAAAGUCAAGCAAUACGAUGCAAAACAUAACUAAGUUAUUUUAUAUUAAAAUGCAGUUAUAUAAAAUGCAGGAAAAGGCACACAUAUAGACAUAUAGUAUUUAGUUAAAUGCAAAUAUAUUUUAAGAUUAUAAUGUAUUCAUUUCUUAUAUAUAAAAAAAGAACAAAUAUUAGAUAAUUGAAACUGAAACUAAAACUAAAACUGUCGAAUGUAGUUGAAUGCAAUAUGUUUUAAGUUUAUCAAAAAUCGAUCUCACAGAUCUCACACAGAAGAUUAAAUGUACCAGUUGGCUGCAUAAAGGACCAAUGAGAAUGCAUUAUUGAUAUUUUAUUUUCAUUUUAAUUAAAUAACGAUAUAAAAAUUUCAUCCGUAAUAACGCA